GGCCGGGCCUCGCCUCACUUACAGUUACCGCCACAACUGUCGGUUCUUCUCUUUGGUAGAGGUGUUGCUAUUUCGUCUCUUUCGUAGUGGAUAACGACAAGUGCUCUUUGCUUCUUGCCACGGCUCCAGUGUGACGAUUGACUGUGAAUCGUCACGUAUGACGACGACAACGUCCGGGGCAGUGGCACCCGCACCCAGCGGGGCGAGCCAUUCGACCAAGCCGCGUCGUCGGGACAACAGCAACAACAACAAGGCUAUUAACCAGAGUGGUUCUGGUAUGGAUGGUGCUCCUACGUCUGCUGCUGUUGCUACUGGUACUGCUGGUGCUACUACUCCCAGUGGAACAACAGCUCCACCAACGCUGGAUACCGACGAAGGCACGCUCCGGGCCAUUCUUGCACAGCACGCUCCCACAGUCCUUGCUGCACACAUUGUCACCGCCACAAUCUACAUUCCCACCGCUACUGUCGGAGCCGUCAUUGGACGCAAAGGACAGAACAUUGUGGCUCUGCAAAAACGUGCCGCCGCCGUCCAAGUUUCCUCUGCCGCCAAGCACCGUCCCCACGCGAAUUCCAAUCCACUCCCCGUACGCGUCGCCGUCGUCCACGCCGACCAAAAGACCGUUGCGGCACUGCCUUCCACCGUUACUCCUCUCGACAAUUCCCAACCCCGCCUCUGGACUCCCGUCGUCGUGCGCGCCGAUCCCGUCGCCCUUGGAGUCGUGGCUGCACAAAUUGCCCGUGACGUUGCCUCCACCACCGCACCGUCCCAGAAUACCGCGACGAUAGACGAGGUUGUUUUGGAUGUUCCGCUGCACGCUCGCUGGUCGUAUCCCGACGUACUCGUGGGGCCCGACGGCACGACGCUCGCACAAUUGUCCGCCGAUACCCACGUACGCAUACACGUGCCCCCGCACCACGCGCCCCCACGACGAAUGUCGGAUGGUACGGUGGUGAAUCACGUCGUCCAACUCGAAGGCGACUGGCCAAACGUACACGCGUGUUUGGCCAGAAUGAUUCUGCUACUCGCAACCCAAACCGACGCGGCGCCCACGGCCGGUACCGAUACCGGUGGCGUCCACACCGAUCGAUCGCUACCAUCCGAUCACCAGUAUCCCUAUCAGGCAACUAUCUCGGUGCCACUCCUGCCUUCGCAAAUGAAAUUGCGCGGCCUCAAACGGAAACACGCGUGUCGCUUUCACAAGAAGAAGCGUCACGACCAAGGCUGGGAUCUGACACUGCUCGCCGACUCCAACUCGACCAUGGACGCGGUCCGGGCGGUUUUGGAAAAGUGGCGGGACUCGGUCGCGGAUACGACUGGGGACCACGACGAGGAUGCGGAGGAUGCCGUCCGGUCGCAGACACCGUCAAAGCGGACGCACGGCCGGGGAGGACGAGGAUCCCGCGGGCGCUCGAACAGCGGCAACGCGGCCCCUCGGACCAAUCUGCCGAAUCGCGGGACCCAUCAGUGA